AUGAAUACUAGAAAAAAUCGUGUGACAAAACCUUACAAAAAGGUGCUCAAAUCGUGCACAAGGUGUAGACAGCAUAAGACCAAGUGUGAUGCUGACGUUAGGAAACCGUUGGCGUGUACGCACUGUUCACGAAAAAGCUUCGAAUGUGUGUUUGAUGUUAUAGACACCCCACCAAAGAGGUCAUCGGAAGUUGUUGAGCAGUUAACAGCUGAAGUGGGCGAGUUGAAGGAAAAGUUGUACGACAUGAUAGAAAGCAGAAGCAAGAUGAUUCAAAUGUUACUAGGCGACCAAAGGCCAUCUCCUAUGGAAGAUCUCCAGGCGGAGGACCAGGCACUGGAAGGAGAAUUUGAGUAUGAAUCACAAUCUGAAUCAAACUAUGACUCAGAAGAAUCGGAAUCUGAGUUGGAAGAGUCUGAGUUCGAAUCUGACGUGGAAUCUGAAGGUGGCACCGUUGAAACCGAGCACGGUGAUCAUAUGAUGGAGACAGACUCCAAACCACUGCCCCUCCACUCGGACAUAUCAGUUUCUUCUCUCUCGUAUAUCUCGCUGAGUUCCUGCAAGAUUAUUGCUACCACUACCAUCCAGAUCCCAUCGGCAACAACAGCCAAACUUCACUCAACAUGUACAGAUACAUCUUUCAAGUUGGAAAGCACGCAACUUUCAGUUCAAGAUGCCGAAAAGCUUUUCGAGAUCUACAGAACAAAGUUCCACAAGUUUUUUCCUGUUUUACCAAAUCAGUUUUUAUUUGACUUGAAGCAAGUCUAUAACGAGAGUGAUUUGUUGUUCUGGUCCAUUGUCGUGGUAUCAAUGACAGAACUGCAGGAAAUUGAAGGCCCUUCAGACUCGCUUAUUACCGCUGUCAAAGCGUUAGUGGUAGAUAAGUGUUGGUACAACACUCCGAGAUCGGUUCAUACGUUGUUGGCUCUCUCAAUAUUGACUACAUGGCCAAUUCACAACGAUGACGCACUUUCUACUAAUUAUCUCCUGCUCAUGAAUAAUCUCUCUUUGCAACUUGGUUUGCAUAAGUCGGAAUUUAUUCAGGAGUUCAGUCACAAGACCCAAGUUGGAAUCUCCAAGUACUCCUCUGACAACAAUAAAUUGAUCAGAGAAAGACUUUACAAAUACAUAUCGAGUCAGUCUUACUACUGGCUCACCUUCUUGGGUUACCCACAACAAACAGAAGAGGACUUCAUUUUGGAUAGGGCCCACUACCAGGUCACUAAUAAUCGUAACGAUCAAUAUAUCAAUAGUCUCCUCAAGCUAUCUAGCAUUCAACUGAAAAUCUCAAAGAUCUUUGAAAGUUCGGAUCACUCAGUGACUAGGUUGUAUCAAAUCAACAAGACCAAGCGUUUUAUAAAUAUUGGAAUGUUUGAACAGAUUUUGAAUGAGUUUUCAUUGCAUUUCGAUUCAAAUUCUGCUGACUACAACUUGCUUGAACUCUCAAUUCAGUAUACCAAAUUACAACUUUACUUGUUUUCAUUCUCACCCUUGGACAAAUUCAAAACGGAUUUGAACUUGUCUGUGGAUGAGUACAAGCAAUAUGUCUACAAGGCAUUACAAUGUUGUUAUAAAAUCGUAGUGAUAUUUAAUAAGACUUUCGCAGGUAGAAAGUCCGUCGACUCGAUCCCAAUCCAGUAUAGAUUUGCCUUGGAAUUAAGUUUAUUAACUAUGAUGAAAAUAUACUACAGUCCAUUACUUGGUAAGGUGGAAGACUUCAAACAACUCAAAGCUGUAUUCCAAAGCGGAUACAAAUGGUACGAAAAUAGAAAUUUUGAAGGUGAGAAGGUGGUUUCCAUCUUGAAAGGGUAUGAAGAAGCAUAUAAAUUGGAUAAGAGUUGCAUUCUUGGAAUUGAUACCAAAAGUAGAAAAAACCAUAACAAAAUCAUUAAUAACGAUCAUAACAAAUUCUUCCUUUUGAAAACUUUCAAAGAUUACUUUGUUUCCACAUUGUCGCAUGAAAUGAGUAAAACUAUUGAAAGGGUAAAAAAGGAGGAAGCUAAAGGAAAGCAUCUGGAAUGUAUUUCCUGGGAAAGGUUGGGCUUGAACACAGGCAACGAUCAAAAAAGGCAGAUAAUAGAGUAUCUUGAAAACGAAAAUUGUGGUUUAAUCAAUUAA